UCAGUAGAAGAGUCAGACAGACAGCGCCAAGGAAAAAUGUCUCACUUCAGACUGAUUUCGUAAAGCACCCCGAGCUUUUAGACUCACUGUUUAUUUUGCUGGAGACGCUAACGUCCAGUGUGGGGCACUAUUUUUCUGUAGAACUACAACACGUGGACAUUCACUCUUACGAACCGGCUUUUUUAAAAAAACUCAUUACAGAGCCACUGGCGUUAACGUGGAUUUCAGAAUAUGGACCACAUGCCGGAUAACAACUCCCGGUACAAGGAUGUUGACUACUGGGAUGAAAGAUACAAGACAGAGCAGUGUUAUGACUGGUUGGGCAGCUUCUCCAAAUUCCAGCACCUUCUGGAAAAACACGUCAGGAAGGAGGACUCCAUCCUGAUACUUGGUUGUGGAAACAGCAGCAUGAGCGGCGACAUGUACAGUGCGGGCUACCAUUCGAUCACCAACAUAGAUUACUCCUCGGUCUGCAUCAGUACAAUGACCGACAGGUACAGCGACUGCCCAGGUAUGACCUGGCAUCAGAUGGACGUACGCCAGCUAUGCUUCCCCAACACGUCCUUUGAUGUCGUCCUCGAGAAGGCCACGCUGGACGCCAUCAUGGUGGAAGAGAAGUCACCUUGGGAAGUGUCCCCUCAGACGGCCUGCUUCAUUCACCAAGCACUUACAGAGAUCAGCCGCUGCUUGAAACCUGGAGGACGGUUUGUCUCAGUUACCUUCGCCCAGCCGUUCUUCAGGAAACGCCUCUACGCUCGCGCCGAGUACAACUGGUCGAUCAAACAGUUCAGUUACGGAGAAGGCUUUGAAUAUUUUGUGUAUGUGAUGACGAAAGGAGAGCAGCUUAGUCCAGAAGACGCAGCUCUGGAGAAAAAGCUACUCGAGGACACCAAAUCGCCACCAACCAGGAGCACCACGACACAAAAUGAGGAUAAGGAUGACUUCCUGUCUAAUAUUGACUUGUAGAAUAUCUGGAUUGUCUAAAGGAAUCUUUACUCUCAGAAAAUGAAAAUUCUCCAUCCUCACAAAUAUGACAGAAACUUCCUUUCUUACCCCAAAUCUCUACCUCACUGUUUUUGUGAUAUUUUGUAAGAAUGAACUUCUGUGUAUUUUUAAUUGUGGUCUAGAUGUAAUUUUCUAAAAGACAGCAAUACAUUUUCUAUAAAUUCAGUUGAGAAAUUGUUUAGAAAACUAGGUGGGAUUGUCUGUUUUUAAGUAAACAAAUGAUUUAGAUACAUUUUAAAAUUACAAGGCAUUCCAUCACAUGGAUGCUCAAAAUCCAAAAGGAUGUUUAAGACAGAAUAGUGAUGCAUCAAAAGACAAUGUGUGGUGUUUAUUUACACGUCCAGACCAUUUACAAAACAUAUUUGCAUACUCAUCACAUAAACAAAACGGUUCUCUCAACAUGGGGGGAAUGGUUGUGCCUCCUCCUUUGGAAAACAAAAACCAAACAAAAUGCUUUAUUAACCUACCAAUCUAAAAAGAAAAAAAAAAAACUUGCACCAGCAAACCUACAGGAGUGUUUUUAACUAAAAAGCCACCAGUAAGAAAA